CUGGUUUGACGAGGUUGAUAGAUUGGAGGACCCGCACUCCAAGGUUGUCGAUAGAGUGCUCGGUCCACCAGAGAGGAAAUAGCUCCUGAUUUUUUUAAACCUCCCAAUCCCCCCCCCUCCCCCACCCCACAUCCAAGACAACCAUUGCCCUGGGCAUGAAAGACUACUAUUCAGUCUCCUCUUCAACUCCCAGAUCUAAUAGACACACGACACCAACAUCUCCUAUACACCAACACACGCCGCAGCCUCGCCCAGAAUCGUCACCUGCGCAGGCGGAAAAGGGACCGGGGACAGGAUUGGUACGGACGACAGAUAAAAUCAACAGGCCCCCUGCCGCUGAACAAGAGAGCUUUCUCGAUCCGAGGACCAGGUGGAUUGGCCCAGGCUGCGAGACACCACCGCCCGCCUACAGUGACCCACAGCCACGGCGACUAGCAGCAGGACGACCAGCCCUGCUCAAAGCCGACGGCUCAGCUUUCGUCGAGGAGGAAUUACCUUCAGACGACACCAAACUCGCCAGGCCGUCGUCAGGACUGAACCCAGUGCGGCAGUCCGCUCUCCUGCGUAAACAACCCCAGCGCAAUAGUUCGUUGCCAUCCUCCAGCGCGGUUGCACCGUCGUCCCCCCGGGAGCUGUUUUCCAACCGGUACAGUAGGGACUCACAGAAGAAGCGACUAUCUCCAAGUGCGAAAGUACCAGGUUCUGCUUCAUAUCUCAACAUGUCGGACAAGGAGUCCAAUGUGGAUUAUGUGGAGGGCAAUGGGCCCCUAACCACCAACGGUGCCGAGGCCGGUGCUGCAUACCCAGUGACAAAGAAGCAGAAGCUUUCAAGGCACUGUAAGAGGUUUUGGUGGGUGCAUUUGUUGAUCUUCAUCUGCAUUACCGUGUUGGUCGUGUGUUUGAUAAUCUUCGUCGCCGUCCCCAAGAUAGCGCAAAGUCGCAUCAACGGUGCCAAGCUCAGCAUCCAGGGCAUCUCUGUAACGCAGACGCAGAGCACAAAUUUCACCAUGUCCAUCAACAGCACCGUCGAGGCAGACGACUCGAUCCACGCAGUCAUCGCCGCCUUCGAGGGCGACAUGUACCUGGAAGACUGGGCCCCUCAGACCCCCUUCGCCCGCAUCUCGUUCCCGCAGACGACAUCUGCGUCAAAGACUGCGGUGAACGUUACGCAGUUCACUCAGAUCUUGGACAUGAACGCCUUUACUGUGUUCAAUGAGUGGCUCCUGGUCAACGCGACAGUGAACGUGACCGUCGCAGGCGACACGACUGUUCAAGUCUCAGGCAUCAGCAAGAAGUACCCCGUCAGCUUCAAGAAGACAGUGUCCAUGCCGGGCCUGUCGAAUUUCAACGGAACCACGGUGCCGAACUCGACUGUCAGCUUGACAGCCGAUGCGCUGGGUGAUAACUUCCACGGAACUGUGAUCAUCCCCAACCGUUCACUCGUCACCUUCGAAAUCGGCAAUACCUCUUUCAUCAAUUACCUCCUCGGGGCGAACGUCGGCACUUCGUAUAUCGACAAUAUGAUCCUCUACCCGGGGAAUAACACGUUCUCCAUGCGCGGCAACAUCAGCCAGUCACCCGUAUUGACAGACAUUCAGACGAGACCAUAUUGCGAGGAUGGUAUCCUGCCCUUCCAGCUGCAGGGUCUGAACGUCAGCAACCAUGGCCAGUACCUGAGUUACUAUGCCGAAAGUCUUGGCAGCACCAAUGAGAGUGUAUCGAUUGAUGUUGGAGCGGAUCUCGAGGCGCUUGGGCUUACCAUCACCUGCUCUAAUACCACUACAAAGAGGGGCAUGGAGGCGGAUCUCGUGCUGUCCUCGUAGGACUUCGCUUGGUAGAAGACGUUGGGAAACGCCAUUUCGUGAACAAGCAAGGAAAUAGUCUGCACUUGGAAGAAGGUAAUGGCUGGUCUGGCAACCUGCCGUGUGUCAUUCGCUUAGAAUGAGAGGGUGCGACCAUGAUAUUUAAUGACAAGAAAAGACACGCGCUUGCGUUUUGGGGAGCCCAUUUGGAACUGCAGGCGUCUGCAGGGCGAGUUCGAGUGUGUCCUACCGAAGGUUUAUAUUGAUGGGGAAAUGUACAACUGAAGGCCGCCGAACGGCGGCAAAACUGGGUGGUGGGACUUGAGAAAUAUAUUUUAUAGUCGUG